UUCAAUUACAUCGGCAAUUCUACAAGUGGCAGCAUCCUAUUAGUAACAAACACACGUGGCGUAAGCUAAUGCGUCGUAGUGUUUAUAAUAGCUGGGGUUUGUUAAUUAUGGCGUCACGAGUGAUUUAAGAAGCAGCUGAAAAAUAAUAAACAAUGAGGGAAUGCCAACGUUUUAAAUUAUAUUUUUAAUUUGUGAAUUUUCAUCAGAGUCGGAUCUUGAUGCGACUGCUCAAACAGAGUCACCGGCGAUUACGAUGGCCGGAAACAACUCGGAAUCGAGUCUCUACCAGGUUUUGGUGGAGUGGUGUCAGAGGAUGGAGACGAGUCAAGCGAGACUAAGGGAGGAUGUUGAUGACUUAUUGCUUCAGGAGGAGAGUCGAACCGGUAAGGAAUCGGCGACGGGAUUGGAGACGGACACGGAGAAAGAGGCUGAGGUAGAGGUGGAAGCGGAGGCGGCGGAUUCCUGGGAUAAUCCGACGGCGACUUGGGAGAGAGCUGUUUCAGGAUUCUAUUUCGCUGAUAGUGCGUAUCGGACUUUGAUGGAUUCAAUGGGACACGCGAUUCAUGUAACAUCAGCUGCGUCUGGAGAAAUUACAUUCUGGAGUCGUUCUGCUGAGAAUCUGUACCAUUGGUAUGCUGAGGAAGUUGUUGGCUACAGAACUAUUGAUGUGCUUGUAACCGAAGAAUACCGUAAUUCCCUUACUGGUAUCAGGAAUAGGGUGUGCCGUGGAGAGACUUGGACUGGUCAGUUUCCGUUUCAGAAGAAAACUGGUGAACUAUUUAUGGCUUUGGUGACUAAAAGCCCUGUGUAUGAAAACGGUGAGCUGGUUGGUGUUGUUACUGUCUCGAGCGAUGCAACCCUUUUCAAUAGGAUGCAUCCACUAAGUAAUGAGCAUCAACAACAAGCUCGUAGUAAUAAUAGACAUGAAUCAAACUUGAGAAAACAUCAGUGGCACCUCCCGAGGCCUCAGAUCGCUGCAGCAUCACAGGUUCCAGUUGUCCCACAAUAUUCAUCAGCUGUUGCUUCAAACCUGGCGUCGAAGCUUCUACCACAGAGAAAUGGAGAUGAUUCCUUCAAUGGAAAUCAUAAUUCGAGGAGCCGAGAUGAAAAUGUUCCGGUUGUUGCCUCCACAACUUUCGAGAAGUAUGGCUCACUGGCGGAUAAGUUUUUGGGGAAGCUGCAAAGGAAGAUUACUGGCAGCCAAGGAACCGAAGAUAAUGAGCCUAUCUUAAGAAACGGUAUCAAUAAGUCAGCAUGUGGCAGUGGAGGUAGUUCUAAGGCUUCUAAUGCAGUUACCUGCACGGCUUUCAGAGACAAUGGCAAUGGAAAACCAAAAAGGGCUGAAGUUAGAAUUUCAGAUGUCUAUGGAAAUGGAGCUGAGGGUUUGAUACAUAAUGGAGAUCGCUUUCAGUAUAUUGGGAACCUGGGACAAAGUAAACCUCCCAGAGGACUAGAGAGUGGUUUGGUGUCUGGCAUGCGGGGAACAAAAAUGUCGGACCUAAAUGGUGAGAUAGAAGAUGCUUGGAAUACUCGUCUUAGUGUUGAUCCCUUGCCAAUUCUAGGAGUCAACAGCGGUAGGCAACAAAGUCCUGUCAACCAAAGGAAUAAUAGAUUAGUUACUGAUUCGUCAUGUGAGAUACGAUGGGAAGAUCUACAACUUGGGGAGGAGGUCGGAAGAGGUUCAUUUGCUGCGGUUCAUCGUGGAGUUUGGAAUGGAUCGGAUGUUGCUAUUAAGGUUUACUUCGAUGGUGAUUACAAUGCGAUGACUUUGACGGAGUGCAAAAAGGAGAUCAACAUUAUGAAGAAACUGAGACAUCCGAAUGUGCUACUAUUUAUGGGAGCAGUAUGUACAGAAGAAAAAUCUGCCAUAAUCAUGGAAUAUAUGCCAAGAGGGAGUCUCUUCAAAAUACUUCAUAAUACGAAUCAGCCAUUGGACAAGAAACGCCGUUUAAGAAUGGCCCUUGAUGUUGCUAGGGGAAUGAAUUACUUACACCGCAGAAAUCCGCCAAUUGUACAUAGAGACUUGAAAUCUUCCAAUCUACUCGUGGACAAGAACUGGAAUGUCAAGGUUGGAGACUUUGGGUUAUCAAAGUGGAAGAACGCAACCUUCUUGAGUACUAAAUCCGGGAAAGGAACUCCGCAGUGGAUGGCUCCUGAAGUUCUCAGAAGUGAACCUUCGAAUGAGAAGUGUGAUGUGUUCAGCUUUGGAGUCAUCUUAUGGGAGCUAAUGACUACGUUAGUACCAUGGGACCGUUUGAACUCUAUUCAGGUUGUUGGAGUUGUUGGUUUCAUGGAUCGACGAUUAGACUUACCUGAAGGAUUAAAUCCCCGGAUCGCAUCCAUAAUACAGGAUUGUUGGCAAACUGAUCCAGCAAAACGACCGUCGUUCGAGGAAUUAAUUAGUCAGAUGAUGAGCCUGUUCCGCAAACCAGGGUCAGGUGCGCAAGAAGAAGACGAUUGAGAAGGUAAACAGUACAUGGUUAAAGGAUAGUUCACAAAGCAAAGGACGUGAAAAGAAAACGAAAGCAUCGUCCUGAUCACUUACUAUACAAAUGUUUCAUUGUGUUAUACCAAACUACUAUUUAUGUUUUCAUUGAAAGAAAGAAAGCAAAAAUAGCUAAAUCAAAGUAAUAUACAGUAGAAUCUUAGGUUAGUUUAGUUAAACUAUGCAUUAUAUAAACUGUUGUCGGUUUAUGAGCUAAGUUGUAAAAUGGGAUCUAAAAAGGCAGAGGCGCAGAGGCCAGAGGAGGACUCAGAUGUAAUUUAAGAAGUAAAAGGGUGAAAAAGAGAAAUACGAGAAAAACUGUGAGAUUGAUGGUGUCUUGUAGUGAAUUGUAAUGUAGUUGGUUUUGGUUUGAUGGGGUAAGAGAAGGAGGAGUGACAAUUCGUAGGCAUUGCUUCUUUUGCUUUAAUAUUCUCUUAUUACAGCUUCCCAUCACUGCGUCGUCUGUAGCUUCUCAGCACCUAAUUAUAAGAGAGAGUCAGAACCCUAAAUAAAACUUUUUUUUCAAUCCUUAUUCGUAAUUCCACAUUACAGCAUCUUGAAAUUGACGCAGUCACAAAAGCAUAAUUAAAAAAAAAAGGAUACAAAGAUGGGUCUAUUAUACCGAGUAUG